ACUGAAGGUAGCAGAUAAAUUCAUGAAAGGGCAUUUCGCCGGCAUUCAUCUUUCCCACCAGCAAGGAAACACAGCACACCUUGGGCAGAGGCCGAGCAUGACUUCGACAAGAUGAGCUAGCCAAAAGACAAACGCCUAGCAGUACCCACGAUCUGGCGGGUGCUGUUGGUCUACAAGAAUCCGCAAUGGGGAUCAAAGGGUGUUGGACCUGUAGAGAGCGCAAAGUUCGAUGUGACUCCGUUUGGCCGAGUUGUGGCAAUUGCAUAAAGGCACAGCGUGUGUGUAAAGGCUAUGGGAUUCAACUGUCCUGGCCUCGAAAUGGCGACAAAAAAAGAACAAUUGUCUUGCCAGAUACGCUUUGUGCAGGGAGCACUAAUCAAGCAAACAUCAAAAGAUUCUUGAAUACAUCUUCCUGGGACAUAUCGUUAUCGGCCGAGCUAGAGAACAGAAGGCUUCCUGUACGUUACCUUCGUACCAUGAGAGUCCCCCACCCGAGGUAUCUAUCGCCCAUCACCUUGGAUCAAGAAGAGUUUUAUCUACUUGGGUUCUUCAAUGAAUCAAGAUCACUGAUAUUGGGACCAACCGAUCAGGAGGCUCUGGCCAAGUUUAUAUUGAGGGUCGCUUUCUCGGAUCCAUCUGAUACAACCAAUCCAGUCUUGCAAGGUGUGCUUGCUCUCGCUUCACUACAGAUCCACGGUAGCUUCAAGAGCUUUCGCUAUAAGCAUCAAGUCAUGUCGUCAGUCAAAGAGUCUCUAAACUGGUCUGACGAGAGGACUCUGCUUCGGAACCUGAUGGCAACCAUGCUGUUAUAUCACUAUGAGCUCUCACUCGAAUCCAACUCAAAAGGCAGUUGGGUAAACUAUCUAUGCACCGUGAAAAAGAUAAUCAACACGUCUCCGGCAGUUCACAAGCUGGUUCGGCAAGAAUAUUCGAUCUUCCUGGACUGGAUCUACUAUCAUGAGGUCCUCGCAGAGUUCACAGUCAGACAUUGGAAGGUACCUUACGAAGGCUGCGGUUGGGCUCCAACAGCAAGAUCUCUCAGCGUCACUGAAAGGAGCGUUCUCGAGGCAGAGAAUAACAUCGGCUGCCCAAUUAAUGUGCUCCAGCUGGUUGUGCGUGCAUGCAGGCAAGCUAUCGUGACGAAACCUUUCGAGACGGAACCUACAAAUGAUCACACGGAGGACACCAACACACUCGAACAUAGUAUCUCCCAGGCAGUUGGAAACUAUGGCCCCAUCCACGUAGAGUCCACGACAUCUACAGACCAAAACACUGUGAUUUCCGAUCUUCAUCGAAUUGCAUGUCUGAUCUAUGUUAAUCGGGCGGUCCAUUGUGUUUCAGGAACAGAGUUUCGUCACAAGCGCCUUGUGAGAGAGGGAAUUUUGCUGUUGACCAAGAUGCAAACAUGCCAGUACGCGUGGCCAUUAUUUAUAAUCGCCUGUGAAGCCAUUGGCGAUGAUCAGCGCCUUGCCGUUAUGGAUGUUUUUGAACAAAGCCAAAAAGAUCGAAGACGAAGAUCAAGCCAUAUUCACUUCAUUCAGCAUACUGUCGAGGCAAUGUGGAACCAGCAGGAUUUGAAUACAGAGAACCAAGUCGACUAUUUGACUAUCUUCAAUGCGGUCGUUGGCGGAGUCCCAUUCAUACCUCCUUUUGCCUGAAUUCAACUUCUUCUAUGUUCUAUCAACAACUACUCGGUACCUGCAAUGGUUAGAACCAUCCAUCACUAUUUCCACGAUGUGUCAGAGUUUUUCCACUGUCUGCUUCCGUCAGACCCUGGAUCACCUGGAGCUGAAGCUUGAUUGCUUCUUCCACCGAGAUCGGCCCUUCGACGCUCUUGUCGAUUUUGUGAAACGCGUUCAGCAUGAACUUCCGCACCUCCGGAUCGCCGGUGACUGCACGAGCUAUGUUGAGUCAGUAACCUAAGCUGAUGCAUUCCGAAUAUCAACAAGACUAACCGGAAUCCGUGUCGACCCAGCCUGGGCUCAGGGACACCGUCUUUAUACCCUCUGGGGCCAACUCAAUGGCAUACUUGGUGGCGAUCAUAUUGACACCAGCCUUGCUGACAGAGUAACCCAGCAAGGUAGAAAGGCCAGUGAUCCGAGUAAACUCAACAUCACCACUUGGACUGGUAAUGAAUGCAAUUUUUUUCUCUUUGCCGUUGCGUAUGAGAUCAAGGAAGGCAUUGACGACGAAGAUGUUGCUAGUCACGUUUGUUUUGGUCUGCACACAGUCAAUUUCGGCUAUUAUCGAUCAUGGGCUAGCUGAAGUGAAGGGCCAUACAUUCUCAUUGAUCUCAUUUACCAAUGCCUCUUCUUUGCCAUGGCUGCACCGUGUCAGCAGAGUCAGUCUUCGUACGCAUCAGGCUUGACACUCACAAAGCACUCGGCGACAACGCGCCAGUAUCAGGUCCUGGAGAGCUUGCGUUGAGAAUCAACACAUCAAGUGAACCGGCUGUAACUUUUGCAAUUUCAGCUGCAGCCUGAGCUAAUUUUCCUGGAUCGGCAAUAUCGGUCACCACAACAUGGAUGUUCUUCCGCUUUGUAGCAAGUUCCUCAAGUGGACCGGCAGUCGCUCGACUUCGAAUGAGAGCAAACACCGUAUUCUCGGAGUUCGCAGACUUUUUGUGGUAAAGUCAGCGUCGUGUUUGUGUUGUCGGUAUAAUUGUGCUGGUAGACUCA